CAAUGGAAGGCGCUCGGCGAGCGCGUGCGCGUGGCGGCGGCGCGUGCAGGGGGCGGUAGCGCGCCCGCGGGCCGGAUGUAUAAAGGCGAGGCCGGGCGGGCGCGCGCUCUGCUCCUCCGUCCCAGCGGCGCCAACCGAAGCGCCCGCCUGCGUCGACAUGCUGCGCCGCGCUCUGCUCUGCCUGGCCCUGGCCGUGCUGGCCGGCGUCCGCGCCGACGCCCCCGAGGAGGAGGACCACGUCCUGGUUCUGAAGAAGAGCAACUUCGAGGAGGCGCUGGCUGCACACAAGUACCUGCUGGUGGAGUUCUAUGCCCCUUGGUGUGGUCACUGCAAAGCCCUGGCUCCUGAAUAUGCUAAAGCUGCUGGCAAAUUAAAGGCUGAAGGCUCCGAGAUCAGACUGGCCAAGGUGGAUGCCACCGAGGAGUCAGAGCUGGCUCAGCAGUAUGGUGUCCGUGGCUACCCUACCAUCAAGUUCUUCAAGAACGGAGACACGGCUUCUCCCAAAGAAUACACAGCUGGCAGAGAGGCAGACGACAUCGUCAAUUGGCUGAAGAAGCGCACGGGCCCGGCUGCCACCACUCUGGCCGAUGGUAUGGCCGCUGAGUCCUUGGUAGAGUCCAGCGAGGUGGCCGUCAUUGGCUUCUUCAAGGACGUGGACUCGGACUUUGCCAAGCAGUUUUUGCUGGCGGCAGAGUCUGUCGAUGACGUCCCGUUUGGGAUCACUUCCAACAGUGACGUGUUCGCCAAGUAUCAGCUUCACGAGGACGGGGUUGUGCUCUUCAAGAAGUUUGAUGAAGGUCGGAACAACUUUGAGGGGGAGGUGACCAAGGAGAACCUCCUCAAUUUCAUCAGACACAACCAGCUGCCCCUGGUUAUCGAGUUCACGGAGCAGACGGCUCCGAAGAUUUUUGGAGGUGAGAUCAAGACUCACAUCCUACUGUUCCUGCCCAAGAGCGUGUCUGACUACGAUGCCAAGCUGGGUAACUUCAAGAAGGCGGCAGAGAGCUUCAAGGGCAAGAUCCUGUUCAUCUUCAUCGACAGCGACCACGCCGACAACCAGCGCAUCCUCGAGUUCUUCGGCCUCAAGAAGGAGGAGUGCCCGGCCGUGCGCCUCAUCACGCUGGAGGAGGAGAUGACCAAGUACAAGCCAGCGUCGGACGAGCUGACGGCCGACAAGAUCAAGGAGUUCUGCGACCAGUUCCUGGAAGGCAAGAUCAAGCCCCACCUGAUGAGCCAGGAGCUGCCUGAGGACUGGGACAAACAGCCAGUCAAAGUGCUGGUCGGGAAGAACUUCGAGGAGGUUGCGUUUGAUGAAAAGAAGAACGUCUUUGUGGAGUUCUAUGCCCCAUGGUGUGGUCACUGCAAACAGCUGGCGCCCAUCUGGGACAAACUGGGAGAGACCUACAAAGACCAUGAGAACAUUGUCAUUGCCAAGAUGGACUCGACGGCCAACGAGGUGGAAGCAGUGAAGGUCCACAGCUUCCCCACACUCAAGUUCUUCCCUGCUAGUGCAGACAAGACGGUCAUUGACUACAACGGAGAGCGGACGCUGGAAGGCUUUAAGAAGUUCCUGGAGAGUGGCGGGCAGGAUGGUGCUGGGGACGAGGAUGACCUCGAGGACCUGGAGGAGGCUGAGGAACCCGACAUGGAGGAGGACGAUGACCAGAAAGCCGUGAAAGACGAGCUGUGA